GGUAGGAAAAGAAACUAUUAUUGAAAAAGGAAAAGUAGCAGGUGAAGAGUCCACGUGGCAGUACUGGAGUGGGUGUUGGGGAAUUGGAGCGUGGUACCUUGCGUAGUUGCGACGAAGGGAGUUGAUCAAAAUCGUAAUCCUCACUCUCACUCAGUUCUUGUUGCGAUCUUCUUGCUUUGCUUCCGUAACUAACCAACAUGGCAAAUCGCCACACAAUUAUUCUGAUGCAGGCCUCUCCGAACCGAGCAACUAGGACAUUUAUGGAUUUUGAAUCAAUUACUCAGGCCAUGGGUGGCAUAUGUGCAUUGUAUGAAAGGAAAUUGAAAGAGUUAAAUCCGGCCAUCAGAAAUCUCUCUUAUGAUAUUGUGGAUCUCUACAACUUCAUAGAUGGUCUUGCUGACAUGAGUGCUCUAGUUUAUGAUCAUUCAAGUCAUGCUUACGUGCCACAUGAUCGACAGUGGAUUAAGCAACGAACAUUUCAACAUUUGAAGAAACUGGCACGUUGAUUGAGAUGUGGUAUCCUUCAAUAAUCCAAUUGCAAGCGAUUUAUUGUAAAGAUAAUCAAUAAGUGUAGAACAUGUUUAUAUGAUGUUAUUAUGCGGGCUAUGCUCUAGUCUCUAUGUUUUUUUUAGCAUGACAAUUGUACUUGCUCUUGAAUUGGACAAAUGGAAGAUAUGCCUUCUAAAUUGUACUCAGUUACAUCUAUGGCUGCCACAAGUUACUUUCAAAACCAA